AUGUUCGGGUGUGUUUGCUGCGGGUACCUCUGCGUCUUGCGGUCAAGAUGGUGCCUGCCGCGUGUGAAGGCCAUCGCUCUCAGCAAACUGGAGCAGUACGACAUGGUUGCUGAGGAGGAGGAGGAGACGUUCAGGGGUGCCGUCCAGAGCCAGCUCUCCAUGGGCAGCGAGGGCAGCGGCAAGCACAAACGGUUCGAUGACGAGCUUUACCGCCUGACGAGGGAGAGGGCGAGGACGAUGACGGUGGAGUCGUUGCAGCCGUCCUCAGUGAAGAUGCAGGGCAUGAUGAUAGAGACCCAUCCUCAGGAGGCAGGGCAUGACGAUGUGACUUCGGAGGACAGCGUGCAGCACAAACCUCCCUCCCAAGAGCAGGAGGAGAGUUUCCCGCCGAGGCAGCACAUGGAGAGCACGGGGGCUCCAGGGAUCGGAAGAGAUGUCCUCGGAUGA